CCGAUCUAUGUGUUUUAUCGCGGAGUGUCGUUUCUCGCGUUAAGACUCCCGCGGAAUUCGUGGAUCGAUAACACGUAUUGUGGUUGCGAUAACACGUGUGCUCGAUCGAUCGUCCCAUUUCGGUUACCGGCGCGAUCUGUAGGACUUUGUUACGCUCGUCGGUCGUCAUCGGUGGAAAGUAGGAAAGGCACGAACUGGAUGUGGCAAUCGCGUCCAGACCGGGCGGGGACGAAUAGUCUCGGCAACACGCGUCGCGCCGCAUCGCGACGAGAAGCGCGUCUCAAAUGCGGCCGCGUUGGGGAAAUCGAUCGGCGAUCACGUCGCCGCCGACGUCGUUGUCGCGCCGUCCCCUCGAUGACGGUCGCCCGCACGUGAUCGAGCGAAUCGGACGCGCGGACUUUUACCGAAACCGGUUUUCUACGCAACGUGCGCCUCGCGAGAGAACGAUUUGCGCGCGUGAGCCGCACGGAUGUCGUGACUCCUAAAGGAAAAUUCGUCCACGACACGUAAGAAACUAUCGUGGCAACAUUCACUCUUUUCUUUUUUGAAUGGAUUGCUGACCUUCAAGAUCGUUAAAGACUUCUUCUCUCCGAUCUUCUUUGUAAGAUCUUAAUAUUCAAAUGUCGCUGAUUCAGAAAAUUAAACAUUUUAUUUUGAACGAGCAAGAAGAAUGCACAUUGGAAUGCAGUUAGACAGGAGAAUGAACAUAUACGGGCCAGGUAUAAUGCCUUACUGCAAUCGACGGCUUGCCACAAGAAGAGCGGCGCCUCCGACUGACGAUGAACAGAGCAUAUCGUCGGAAGCUGAAAACACAUCGCCACGCGGAUCACCAAAUCGCGGGGAGAAUCGGGUGAAUCGACGUGCUGUUGCUGCACAAAAUGCGGGAAGAAGGCGACGAGGAAAUCUGCCCAAAGAGGCUGUUAACAUCCUGAAGCGAUGGCUGAGCGAUCACAAAUUCAACGCUUAUCCAAAUGAUGUUGAAAAGGAGACGCUCAGCCACCAAACCAGCCUCACGAUAAUGCAGGUGUGUAACUGGUUUAUAAAUGCUAGGCGACGCAUUCUUCCUGGAAUUCUGAAAGAGGCUGGUGAAGAUCCAAACCGUUACACGAUAUCACGUCGUACUCGUCGCGUAAAUUCUAGCAGUCCUCUUCGGCAUGGUCGACGAACUCCCCUCGAACCGAUUGAAGACGACUCACCAGCACAAUGCAACGUAAAUUUUCCGCAACGUGGAUUGGAGGAACCCACAUAUCGACGCGAGGAUUGUCCGAACGAUUACGAGAGCAGUUUGAACGACUACCACAGCGAGGAAGAGCAUCCUUUGAUACGAUGGCCCAACGUAAUCGUUCGUCCUUACGCUGAGGCUCAAGUCGAGCAAUUAGACGGCGACGCUAUUUCUCAUCCGUAUGCUCGACGAAGGCUUAAUCCUUCAUCUAAUAUGGAGAAUUCUGAGAGUUCUACCCAAGAACCUGCUGCAUACUGGAGCGCACCCCGUCAACAUCUGGUGUCACCAGUCAUUCAGCAGCACAUUGCAUAUCGUGGCCUGUCGACGCGAAGUCUUGAAAACGCUUAUUUUCACGAACACAAUGGUGAUUCAUUCAAUAUGCUCGUCGAACUUGCGGUAAAUUUACCAUAUGCAAUUUCUUUACCCAACACGCCUUCACCAGAGUCUCGUCUUUCGACGUCUUCCCCAUAUUCGUCACCUUCGUCUUCUGUUCCAUCUUCUCUUCCAUCAAUGGAAGAACCUUUACACUCGAGAAAUACAACGGUAUCAUAAUUAUCGUUGCCAUUGAUAAUCGCGGCUCAAUGGAUGACGACGAUAUAAAAGGUAAAUAAAAGACAAAAGUUCCUCUCAAAAACCUAGCAAAUUAUUACACUUUUUAGAAAUUGUUACAAUUAUAUCAAAGCAAUCAUCAGUCGUUAUUGUCAUGUUGAUCUCAUUGUUACUAUUAAAGGGUUUUCUUUCUCUAGGAGUUGAAAAAAUUAGGCGUUUUAGGAAUUUUUUAAAGAAAACAUUGGAUCAUAAUAGCGAAAGAAGGAAUAAGUCUAAUAU